AUCUGAUCAUUUCAAAAUAACAAAUCGGAACAUCAAAAAACAGAAGAAGAGAGAAUGGCAUCAACGGAGCAAAAGGAGGUAGAAGAAAAUGGGUCGAUGAUUUCAGGUUUGUUGGACAAAGCCAAAGGUUUCUUUGCAGAGAAGCUAGCGAAUGUUCCGACGCCUGAAGCCGCCGUGGACAACGUCGAUUUCAAAGGCGUGACACGUCAAGGUGUAGACUAUCACGCCAAGGUCUCCGUCAAGAAUCCUUACUCUCAGACGAUCCCUAUUUGCCAGAUCUCUUACGUCCUCAAGAGCGCCACAAGGACGAUAGCGUCGGGUACAAUACCGGACCCGGGUUCGUUGGUUGGGAACAAGACAACGGUUUUGGACGUACCGGUUAAGGUGGCCUACAGCAUAGCGGUUAGUCUGAUGAAGGACAUUGGCUCGGACUGGGACAUUGACUAUCAACUUGACAUUGGACUAACCUUCGAUAUUCCUGUUGUUGGUGACAUUACCAUUCCUGUCUCUACUCAGGGUGAGAUCAAGCUCCCUUCCCUUCGCGACUUCUUUUAAUUUAAACUAUGGUCAGUCGUGAUUAUAAUCUAAUUUUCAAUAAAAUACGAUCCACAACACAUAGGCGAUCAUAUCGGUGAUUAUCAGUUCUGCAUUUCUUUUUAAUUAUUUUUGUUGAUUUUGUUAUUGGAUUAUUAAGGAUAUUUGUUGACUAUGUAUGUUUGCAUGGUAAUUAGUCCCAUGCAUAGAAUAAAACUACAAAUGCAGUUAUACCU